CAACACCAAGCCACAAAAAUUCAAGUGAAACGUCAAAUUUACAUUCCCAAAUCAUCUCGAAUUGACGUCGUUGAUUGACUGAAAAAUAUGAUUAAGAAGAAAUUGAUUAUGCUUUUAAUGUGCCAAAAUUGUUAAGCUUUUUUAAAAACGUGCAAAGUGCGUAAAGUGAUAAAAAAACAUCAUGGGACUUUUCAGUGCCGCAUCGCCAUUUGAUAGUGACGUCGAAAAGGCGACAAGUGAAAACAACACUUCAGAGCAGUGGGGUCUCAUUCUGGACGUCUGCGAUAGGGCGAGUAAAACUUCGGAGGAUUCGAGAAAUUGCUUGCGGUCGAUAAUAAGGAGACUAAACAACGUCGAUCCACACAUUGCGGUCCAGGCGGCAACGUUGCUCGACGCCUGUGUUAGUAACUGCGGUAAAACCUUUCACAUAGAAAUCGCAUCCAGAGAGUUCGAAAAUGAAUACGUCAAACUGAUUAAGAAGGCCCAUCCGAAAGUUCAACAGAAAUUGAAGGAGUCACUAAAGAAAUGGGCGGAAGGCGAAUUUAAAUCUGACCCUCAGCUGAACUUGAUACCGUCACUUUUAUUCAAAUUGAAAAGCUCCGGUAUAGACUUUACCGUCGAAACGCCCGCGAAGAAAACCAUGACACUUAGCAAAGACCCGAAUGUCGUCCAAACCCAAGACGAGGAAGAUCAAAUCGCGAAGGCGAUCGAAUUGUCACUGAAGGAAACUUCGGGUUCGCCCAGAAGUUCGUCUUUAGGCGGAACCUCUCUGUAUCCGACCAAUUUAAAUCUUGCGUCGAGUGUUAUCGCGACGACACCUGUGAAGGAACCGCGGAAAGUGAGGGCGCUUUACGAUUUUGAGGCCGCCGAGGAUAACGAGUUGACAUUUACAGCCGGCGAAAUAAUUGUAGUAAGUGACGAUUCGGACACGAAUUGGUGGAAAGGUAGUAACCACCGCGGCGAGGGUUUGUUUCCUGCAAACUUCGUGACCGCCGAUCUGUCAGCCGAGCCGGAGCAGUUGCUUAGUGACAAAUUAAAAAAAGUGCAAUUCAAGGAGAGCGCGGCCGAAGUAUUAGAGGAUAAAGAGCCGGAAGAUGUCGAGAUAAACGAGGAGAAAAUCGAUCGAUUGCUUCAUUUACUGCACGAAGCGGAUCCUACGAAUCCCUCGCAGGACAGUGACGAGAUGCUCAAGCUGGAACGCGAGGUGAACGGUAUGGGUCCCUUAAUCGACGCAGAAUUGGAAACUGUAGAUAGAAAACACGCCCAGUUAACAAAACUAAGUUCCGACUUAGUGGAGGCGUUAAGUUUGUAUCAUAUGCUAAUGCGUGAACCUCAAAUGCCUCCCGUUAACAAAAUGCACUACGAUUAUCAACCUACCGGGGCUCAUCCAUCUGUGAUAUACAAUGGGGCCAUGCCGAUAAACCGGGGACCCCCACAAUAUAUGCCACCGUACGCAAUGCCACCAAAUGCCCAACCCAUACACAUGCCGCCACCACCCGGCAUGUUGCCGCAACAGCAACAAAUUCCACCCGGUAUGAUUCAGUCACGCAUGAACUUUCCACCACAGCAACCUCAGCUUAGUUACGGACCUCACAGUAUGCCAUCGGGAUAUGCCCCGGCCCCUCCUCAAUCGACGCAAUUGCCCCAUCAAGCCCCACAGAGCGGCGUCUACCCCACCUCCUCCAACUCUCACAUAAUGUAGUUUCUGCUUCAGAAAUGCAAAAAGUUUAAAUUAUUUAAAGUCAACGAUGAGGCUAAGUAUGUGAAUAUUUCUAUGUUAAACAAUUUUAGAUGUAGCUGUGCGAUAAUAACGAGACACUUGACUUUGUUGCAUUUGCUAUAGAUGACACACCUGAUAUACAGUACCUAAUGUGUGUUAUUAAAUUAAAUAUUCUAAAAAUUUGCUAUAAAACAGAAUUGAGAGGUUUCGGUUUGUAUUUUAUUACUGUACAGCUUUGAUUCCUAUGUUUAAAAAAAAAGAUCUUUGUGUAAAUUUAUAAUAAAUAUUUAGUUUUUGCACGG